AUGCAGUGCGAGCCCAGGGCACGGGCCUUCCCUCCCUCGGGCCGCAGGCCGGCAGGCACGGCUCUGUUCCCGGCGGAUCCUGGAAGGUCAGCCCUGGGGGGCGAGUGGCUUGCGUAUCCUGGAAGAGGACCGGGGCAGCAGCGCGGGUCCUCCACGCCUACACCCAAAUGCCCCGCGCCAGGAGGCCCAGUGAGAAGAGUGAAAGAGGCACCCCAGGAACUUUACCACCCCAUCACUGUGAACCAGCACCCCAGGAACUUCACCAACCACCCCAUCACUGAGAACCAGCACCUCAGGGACUCCACCAACCACCCCAUCACUGUGAAACAGCACCCCAGGAACUCCACCAACCACCCCAUCACUGUGAACCAGCACCCCAGGAACUUCACCAACCACCCCAUCACUGUGAACCAGCACCCCAGGAACUUCACCAACCACCCCAUCACUGUGAAACAGCACCUCAGGAACUUCACCACCCCAUCACUCGCAAGCCAGCACCCCAGGAACUCCACCAACCACCCCGCCACCGCGAGCCAGCACCUCAGGAACUCCACCAACCACCCCAUCACUGUGAACCAGCACCUCAGGGACUUCACCAACCACCCCGCCACCGCGAGCCAGCACCUCAGGAACUCCACCAACCACCCCGCCACUGCGAGCCAGCACCCCAGGAACUCCACCAACCACCCCGCCACCGCAAGCCAGCACCUCAGGAACUCCACCAACCACCCCAUCACUGUGAACCAGCACCUCUGGAACUUCACCAACCACCCCAUCACUGUGAACCAGCACCCCAGGAACUUCACCAACCACCCCAUCACUGUGAACCAGCACCCCAGGGACUCCACCAACCACCCCGCCACCGCGAGCCAGCACCCCAGGAACUCCACCAACCACCCCGCCACCGCGAGCCAGCACCCCAGGGACUCCACCAACCAGCCCGCCACGGCGAGCCAGCACCUCAGGAACUUCACCACCCCCGCCACUGCGAGCCAGCACCCCAGGGACUCAACCACCCACCCCGUCACCACAAGCCAGCACCCCAGGAACUCCAGCAACCACCCCAUCACUGUGAACCAGCACCCCAGGAACUUCACCAACCACCUCAUCACUGUGAACCAGCACCCCAGGAACUUCACCACCCACCCCAUCACUGUGAACCAGCACCCCAGGGACUCCACCAACCACCCCAUCACUGUGAACCAGCACCUCAGGAACUUCACCAACCAACCCAUCACUGUGAACCAGCACCCCAGGAACUUUACCACCCCAUCACUGUGA